UGAUUUUCUUACUUAUACUGGAUAAGACAGCACCCAUGAUAGGAUGCAUUAAUUGCAAUUUCGAUUGAAGUUGAUUCAUUUAAAUGGUAGAAUAUUUUUAAAACUCUAAUAUUGUUGUCUGAAAAAUUGCUGUCUAAAAUUUUAAAUUCAUUGGUUAGAUAUCAAUAAGAAUUGCUUUUUAAAACGCACGUUAACUACGAUAAACAUUGUUUGCCAUGAAGUUAAUACAUAUGCAUUCUAUAGGAUCUAAUCAAGGCAGUUAGGUUGGCUGUAUUUCUGUAAAUCAGGUAAAACAAAAAAGAAAAUGUGUUAUUUAACUCGUAUAGGCCAAUGUUUAUUAAUUAUAUAAUAUAAACGGCUGUGUUAAAAUAUACAACUUACUAUACAACACUGCUUCUGAAAUUCACUCAAUGAGUAUCACUCUCAAGAUACUUUUUGUUGCAAUUUGGAAAAAAAAACAUUGUCUAUCUUUAAAAAACAAGGUGUUGGAGAAUUACUUUAGCGUAUUCUUUGUGAUUUAAAACGUCAUUUCUCCUACUGGUACAGUGCCCUCAAGCGGCACUUCCGGUGAUGCGGUCUAUGUUGUUGUCGCCCUUCUAGUUUAUGUAGUUCUAUGUUCUAAACAGGAACCAACAUUCAGUGGCAACAGAAACACCAUCGGACGGUGUGUUUCACUGACAACGGCCCGGAACUGACAUGAGAUAACUGCAAUUAUAAUAUCUGUUUUUAUAAUACAGCGAAUUUAUUUUUCCGAAUGGGCAUAUCUUAUAUAUCACAACUGCCAUUUAAUAUACAUCAUGGUCUCCGUAUUAGUUAGCUAGCUCUCCAGAUACUGCUUCAAGCAAGGGUUUCUUUAAUUAACUCGAUCCGAUAUUUUACCCUCAUAUAUGAAGUAUUAUUAUUACUUCACUGUACCUUUGGUGUAUAGAAAUAGUGAUAACCCAUCAUUAGUUAAAACUAAAACAAGAACACGUUGAAGAUGUCUGUAGAGCUUGAUGUGUUUGUGGGAAACACCACUAUCAUGGAUGAAGAGGUCUAUCAGUUUUGGCUGGAUGGUUAUACAGUGAAUGACGCCGUGAAGGUGCGGAUGGAAGGAGGAGUGCUGGAAGAAUAUGAGGCGAGCACCGACGUGCUGCUCAGUGACACCAUGGACCAGUUCCGCACCUUCCAGAUGUGCGAGCGGCUCUUGCACACACCUGCCAAACUGGCCAAUCAGCUUCUCUUUCAGAUCCCGCCCCAUCGGCAAACCAUGCUGAUCGAGAGGUACUAUGCCUUUGACAACGCAUUCGUGCGCGAGGUGCUGGGAAAAAAGCUCUCGAAAGGAACCAAGAAAGACCUGGACGAUAUUAGUGCGAAGACUGGGAUCACCCUCAAAAGCUGUAGGCGCCAGUUCGAUAAUUUCAAGCGUGUGUUUAAAGUCGUCGAAGAGCUCAAAGGCCCCCUGGUGGAGAAUAUACAGCAGCACUUUCUUCUGUCAGACAAGCUAGCCAGAGACUACGCUGCCAUCGUGUUCUUUGCGAAUAACCGCUUUGAGACGGGGAAGAGGAAGCUGCAGUUCCUUUCUUUCCAGGACUUCGCCUUCUGUGCCGGGCAGCUCAUCAGUAACUGGACCGUGGGGGCAGUAGGUAAGAUGCAGCAGCUGGAGAGAGAUACUGAAUCAGGGGCAGUGAGGCAGCUUCUGAACAAGCAGGCCAAGGAAAAGCAUCCAAUAUGUACCAAUAACAUGGUGGAGGAUAUGGAUGUGGACUUGGAUAAGGAGUUCUUGCAAGAUCUGAAAGAUCUGAAGAUUUUAAUUAAUGAUAAGGACUUGCUUGAUCAACACAAGAGCCUUGUGUGCACUGCUCUCAGGGGAAAAACGAAAGUGUUCAACGAGAUGGAAGCAAACUUCAAGACCCUUUCCAGAGCCCUGGUCAACAUUGCUGCCAAACUAACAAACACAAAAGAUGUCAGAGACCUGUUUAUUGACCUUGUGGAGAAGUUCAUCGAGCCCUGCCGGUCGGACCGCUGGACGUCCGCAGACGUCAGGCUCUUCCUCACUUACUACACCAACUCGGCGCGUACCCUCGACACCUUUAGGCACCAGGUAACGUGGGACAGAUACAUGGAUGUCAUCAAGAGCUGCAUCCUAAAGAUGUACCAUGACUAGUUUGACUUCUGCUGACCCUGCCGUUCUCUCGUUUAAUAAUGUAUAAAGUCCUCAGCUGACACCUAGCCUCUUCUCAUUUCCCCUGCUUCUAUAAUUUCCUUAAUGUCCCCCUUUAUUUAAUUUUGCCCCAAAUGUUGAUCCCCAUAACCCUCCAAUCACACGUUGCCUGCUUCUUUGGCUCCACCCUCUUUCGAAUUCUAUCCAAUUAGCUCCAUGUGCUUGUAAAUACAUGCCCACUGCCCCCACUGUAAACUGUGACCUGCCUGAAUAAAAGAGCUUGAUUCGGC